AUGGUUUUGCAAAAAUUUCCUCUGCCCUCCUUGAGGCCGGAUAUUCUCAGUGGUCACCUUUUUUUUAUGACAAAAAAAGGUGAUCACUACACCAUUGUCUUGGUUUAUGUAUAUGAUAUUCUCAUAGCAGGAAAUGAUGAUCAGGCCAUAUCAUGUCUCAAAGCUUUCCUACACCAGUGUUUCCGUAUCAAAGAUCUUGGUCAAUUGAAAUAUUUUCUUGGCAUCGAAAUUGCUCGUUCAAAAUCUGGAAAUUUUCUCAAUCAACGCAAAUAUUUGACAAUCCUUGUCGUUAUCUUCAGUGGAGUUUUACUUGACAAGGAAUGUGAGUUUCCUAUGGAACAACAACUCAAACUCGAUCACAGUGGAGUUUUACUUGACAAUCCUUGUCGUUAUCUUCGUCUUGUUGGUCAGCUUCUUUACCUGACCAUAUAUUACUCGGCCGGAUAUUGUUUACGCCAUCAAUAA